UCUGUCCUUGCUUGCUGCCUGCAACGCUGUACGUCACGUUGAGGCACACAAUAAAAAUCAUGGACGGAUUUCAUAGCCAGAAGAAGAGUUUGCGGCGGCUGACAAUGCAUACGCUGGUGGGAUUUCUCAGUUGUCAUGAUGGAACGGCUUUCGUCCCUGCGGCACAUAUGCUGGGCGGCGGGAUGUCGGCUAUCCGCAGCACCACCAGCAGGUUGACGUUCCCAGCCCACCGAUCACCACCCGGCAUGACCACCAGCGACGGCGGCCUCCACCACGAUGACAAACAAACGGGGGAAGCAAAAACAUCAGCCUGGUCAGGAGCCUGCCGCACCGCGGCCGCAUGCCUGGCAACCGCCGCCAUCCUGUCCUCCUCUCUACCAGCAGGUGCCGCAUCGGGCAGCCGCGGUGUUCGUCAUCAUCUGGACGGCGGACGGGGGAGCUCACCGGCGAACGUAUUGAUGGUGCUGGCCGACGAAGGGGAUUUUUCGUCGGCGGACGGCAGGGCCGACGUGAGCCAGCUGGUGUUGGAGCUGAAGAAGGCGGACAGGCCAGACACGCUGCUCAACUCGAUGGUGAAGAUCAACGACGUGGUGGACUGGGACGAGGACGGGGUGUUGGAGAACCCUUUCGCGGCAGAGAGCAUCGUCAAAGGCUUGAUUGACAAGCGGAGGGCUGGGGGGGAGGCAUGGGAUAGCAACACAGAGACUGCCUUCGGCAUUCUCAAGAGAAAACUGGACCCUUUCAACGUGGUCCUGCUCCGGCCGUACCUCAAGAUUGCGCCGUUCUUGGGAGGCGCGUACUACCUGGCCGUGUUCUUCGUGCAGCAGAAGUUUAGAGGCUUCUUCCCGUAUGCUUACUUCGGGGCGGUGGCGGUCUUCGUCGCCCCGGCGCUCAUCGUAAUCCUGGCGAAUUGA